AUGCUGCAUAACGUAGGCGGAGUCACGCAGUUUGAACACACUGCUAUUGUGCAUGAUGUUCACGAGGGCAACGUUGAGGUGAGGUUGGUAUAUAUGUAUUUAGUCACUAUCGGUCCUUCUCGGUCACCGGCUCCCGGGUCCCCACGGAUCAACACUAGUGAUGAUGAUCGAGACUUUGUCCUACCAUGA